UGGUUACGAAGUGCGAACUCCUGAAGUGAUGAAGAGGUGUCUAAAAGUUAGCAUGACAUUUUCUCCUCUACAGUAACUCAUGUUUGUUCGUUUUAUAAAGUGUUUAUUAUUUUAAGAAGACACGGAGUCGCUUCCACAGGGGCUACGAGUACGUUUAAGACACAGGUCGAACAAUGCAGAAAAAUACCUUGAACAAUGAACACUAAACAGCUCAGCAUCACUUCUACAAUGUCUUCCCCAGAGGAGCUGCAGCAGGAGGAGGUUUCCGACCUGCAGCUCAGUUUUGUCUUUGGGAACACUAGUGUUUUCAAACCACAGACCCCCCACAUUCAGCCUGAGGAGGCUGAGCCACAGGAGCUCCCUGAAUAUUAUUCAGCAGAGACAUUAUGUCUGAGGAGAACUCAACUGAAAUAUGUUGACGAAAGUAUUUUGAAAAAUAGCUCACUAAAGUAUUUAUAUCUUGAAGGCAACCAGAUAUCCAGUAUCCCAGAUUCAAUGUUCAUCCGCUUGCCAAACCUUCUGUGGCUGGACCUCAGAAAUAACCAAAUUGCAUCGCUCCCUGCCGAAAUUGGCUUGCACAGAUCUCUGAAAACAAUACUUCUGGAAGGAAACCCCAUCUCAGAACUUCCACUUGAGUUGGGAAAUGUGAUCACCCUCAAUGGCCUGAACCUGAGGAACUGCCCCAUCACUUCCCCUCCACCAGACACUGUGAACCAGGGGCUCCAGAGCAUCCUGCAGUACCUCAGGAGUGCUAUGGCUGAGCGGCCAGUUAGCAUGAGAAAGAGCCCCCCAGAGUUGCCAGUGGUGGAGAAGCUCCAGUUGUCGGAGCUGAUGGAGGAGCAGGACGAGUCGGUGGACGAGGACGAGCUGCAGAGGUUCAGGGAACUCAAAGACAUGAUGAUCCUGCUGGACAAAGCUGAGCUGGGCUCAACAGCACAGGGCGAUAGAAACCCAAAGUCACACCUUAUCCCUGUCAUCAAAAGAAAAAAGGCGACUACCAAGGCCAGCGUAAUUCCCGAGCUGCCCUUGUUUGACACUCGGCAUCGGAAAAGGCCAGAAGAAAGGAGGCAGGCUGCAAUGAAAGAGCUGAAGGAGAAACAGGCUAUUCUAGAGCAGAGAAGAAAAAGCCAAGAGGCACUUCAGAAGAUCACACAGGAGGAGAAGAAGAAAGUGUCUGUGCUGGAGAAGAAGAAAGUGUCUGUGCUGAAGAAGCAUGCAGAACAAAGAAAACAAAAGGAAGCAGAAGCAGACAGAAGUGAUACUCAGAGUCAGACGUCUUGCAUAUCCAUCACAGAGUGUGAGGAGAACAGAUCAGCACGUGUGAUGGAGCGGCAGAUCCGUGCCCGUGUUGAGACGAUCCAGGAUAGACGUAGGAAUCCCAGGGUCAGGACCACCGAGCAGUUGGCAGCGACAGAUCAAGAUUUGGAGGAGAUGAGGAGGCUCCAGACUAGGCUUCUAGAGAGGAAGAGAAAUCCGGGAAGAGAUCUUGGAAAAUGUUUCACUAUCAUCACCGGAGACACCUGGCCGAGUUUCACUGAUGAGUAGCAGGAAUUAUAAUAUCUGUUUGAGUUUGGAGGUAUUAAAUUCGUACUCAAAAUUCAUUGUAAAUACUAAUACCUUUAUGAAUGAACUCUUAUUGUACAAAUAAAGAUCACGGUGCUGUUACUGAGCAAG